CCGGUACCACCAGGUGUGUGACUCAUCUUCAUCCAUUGAGUCACUAAUAAACGUCAGUGCAAAAGCUAAAGCUGAGUUUUGACAAUGACACCGAAACAGACAAGGAUACCGUUGGCACUCGUUUCGCACAAACUAACUGGAAACACCUCCAUUGAUACUGUUGGACAACCAUGAACAUGAAAACUCUUGCUGUUACACUGUGCUGUCUCUUUUCUGUGGCUUGUGGCUUUCAGCCGCAGCAAGCUCCAUCUUCAACGAAGUUGCAACCGUUGCAAAUGACAAUGGAUCGACGUUCUUUACUGGCCACGGCCGUCAUUCCAAUGAUACUGUUAAAGCCAGAAAUGGCUCAAGCCGGUAUUGAUCCUACUCUUUUAAAGUCUUUGCCAGUGAAAGGAGACGAAACAGGCGCCGCUCAAAGGUUGCGCCAAGUGGAAUCCAUCCAAAGACCAGCUUCAGAUUUGGUGCAAAUGCCAUUUGAAGAAUUACCAAGUGGAGUCAGUUAUCGGGAGUAUCGAGAGGGAAAGGGAGAAGCAGUCGUCCAAGAAGGUUCCAAAGUUGCUGUUGAAAUGACUAUCCGAUGCAAGAGUUUUGCUACGGCCAAUGAACCAGGCGGCCUCAAAUACUUCUCCACCAAAGAUGACACGGAGUUCAAUGAAUUGGCCUGGACAGUCGGGCGUGGAGAAUCCCCACCGGGCCUCGAAGAAGGAAUGAUGGGUAUGCACAAGAAUGCCGUGCGUCGAAUUGAAAUACCUUCCACCAUGACCUUUGCCGCACGAAACGCCAAUCAGCUGCCACUGCCAACUACGAAGGAUGGGAAACGGAGAUUCGAUCAAUUGUUCAAGACCGAUGCCACGUUGCUUUUUGAGGUGUUGGUCACGAGAAUCAAAUAAAUGAUAAACUAACACAACAACAAGUACCUGUAGUGGGCAAAUGCCAUUUGACACUAUUCGGGUACGCCACUUACUGGUGCCGAUUGAUGCACUUCAAUCUUUAGAAAGCAAAGUUGUUCCAUAUCGGUACUGCUAGCUAGA